AUCGAGUGGACACUUUUUGCUCUAGCAUACUCGCUGGUGGGACUCCGAAUUGGCGUGCGAGUUGCUCGGAGGCAGCAGAAGCAUGUAAUUAUCUCGGACUGCCUCUUGAUAGUCUCUGCGCUGAAUUGUCUGGGGCUGAUCAUAUGUGACACAUGGACAUAUGCUUUGGGCGGGAUGCGAUAUAUACCACAAGGUCAGGGACUAUCAGCAGCCGACAUAAAGAACUCGGUAACACUGGACAAGAUCUCCUUUGCAUCCAACUACUUUUACGAUACAGGGAUGUAUUGGCCUAAAGCUGCAUUGAUUGCCCUGUACUUCAAGAUCAUCCCAAACACCAUGCCUCGACUACGAAGUUCGUUGUAUGUUGUCACUGGAUUUGUGGCCGCAUGCGCCGUUUGCACUUGCCUCCUCGAUACUCUGUGGUGCGCACCAGAUGUUUCGAGCAACUGGUCGAUGGAGGAAGGUGCAUGCUCCACAUUCAACUCACUGCUUGUGCUGCAGAUCGACUGGGCAAUGAAUUGCUUCUCUGACGUUGCGAUCUUUGUCUUGCCAUUCCCUCUGCUGCGCCAUCUGCAUCUCAAUCGCAACCAGAUAUACGGGCUCCUGCUGACAUUCACUCUCGGUCUUGCCACGAUCGCUGUCAAUCUCGCCCGCUUCAUCACCAUCCAGACUGGUAACAACUGGAAUGCUGUGUUUAUAUGGUCCAUGGCCGAGAUGGCAGUAGCAAUCAUGGUCGUCUCUCUACCCGCGCUCAAAACCCUACUCCACCGCAAAAAUAAGAACUCGAUAUUGGCAAACUCACUUUCGAAUGGCCAUCGCUAUGUGGUCACAGCAUCGCAGCGAAAGAGUGUAUUUGGAAGGGGAGAGAUAUUGGAUGACGGGGGCAGUGAAAUUGAGCUGAAUCAUGUCGGGAAAGAUGUUAUAUACAAGACCAAGGAGGUCAGUGUUGAC